AUGGUAAUGGUCCAAUGCCUGAUUCACAGCAUCGGCGUCAAGCCUUUUGAUGACCUUGAAACGGCUCGGACGAAGCUUUCCCCGUUUGAACCAAUUGGGAAUCUCUUCCCAGAACCGGACCGUAACUUCCGGGUGCAGCGGCGAUACGCCAAGCACAAAGCGCCGUUCAUAGCCAGCAGACUUGGAUCCCAUGCGUGCGGCGUCGAGGUCUCCUUCUGUUUGGACUCUCUCAAGUUCGAUAACGAGCGUACUCUUCCUACUCUCUCUGACAACGAUGUUUUGGUCAAAAUCCAUGCGGCGUCUCUUAACUACCCCGACAUCAUGAUUGCACUGGGCACUUAUCCUUUUCCCCUGGCGCCAAAUGUCAUCCCAGGAUCCGACGGCGCUGGAGAAGUCGUGGCAGUUGGCUCCAAAGUGACCCGCUUCCAGAAAGGCUCCAAAGUUGUGACUCUGUUUAUGCAAGCUCACUACGGUGGACCACUGACCCCCAUGGCGUUGGGCACAGGUCUAGGUGGUAGUAUUGAUGGCACUUUCCGACAGUAUGGUGUGUUCAACGAAAACGAACUGGUAGAUAUGCCAAAGAACCUCAGCUACCUGGAAUCUGGAACACGGUCCUGUAGUGCCUUGACGGCGUGGAAUGCUCUCUACGGACUUAAGGCAAUGCUUCGGUUUGCCAAGGCUGCAGGGGCUCGAGUCAUUGCUACAACAUCCUCUGCAAUUAAGGCUGACAUGUUGAAGAAGCUAGGAACAGAUCAUGUCAUCAAUGACAAGGAGACGCCAAACUGGAGCGAGGAGGCCAAGAGGCUCACAGGCGGGGCUGGCGUUGAACAUGUCAUCGAGAUUGGAGGCGCGCAUACUGUGACAGAGAGCCUCAAGGCCGUUGUCCUCGGGGGUGUUGUCACCAUUGGAUGGAUUGGUGGGCAGGGAGAGACUGGGCCGAGCUUUCCCCAAAUCUUAUCAAGUAUGGCAAUUGUCAGGGGAAUUAUCGUUGGAAGCCGAGAACAAUUCGACGCAAUGAUUCUUGUCGUCGAAGCUUCCAACAUCAAGGCUGUGCUUGAUCAGCACGUCUUCAAGCUCGAGGAUCUCAAGGAGUAA